ACUUGUGUCUAGCGGCGUCGCUUUCUUGGUAACCCGGAGGGAGAGAUUGGAAACCGCGGGGUUUCCUCUGGGAGGCCGCGGCCAGCCGGGGCUGACUUGCUAUGUUGGGCUCCGGGGGCCGUUAAGAGCCGGGAGAGACAUGAGGUGUCUCUGAAGCCCGGCCGCCUGGGCCAUGAAGAAGAUUUUUAGUAAGAAGGGCGAAUCGCCCUUGGGCUCCUUCGCGCGGCGGCGGAGGAGCAGCGCGGGCGGCGGGGGCGAGCCCGGGGAGGGCGCCUACUCGCAGCCCGGCUACCACGUCCGAGACCGAGAUCUCGGCAAGAUUCACAAAGCUGCCAGCGCGGGUAAUGUGGCGAAAGUGCAGCAGAUCCUUUUGCUCAGGAAGAAUGGCUUGAACGAUAGAGACAAGAUGAACAGGACAGCUCUACAUUUGGCCUGUGCCAGUGGUCAUCCAGAAGUAGUAACUCUCCUGGUGGACAGAAAAUGCCAGCUCAAUGUCUGUGACAACGAAAACAGGACAGCUCUGAUGAAGGCUGUACAAUGCCAGGAAGAGGAAUGUGCAAGUAUUCUACUAGAGCAUGGUGCUGAUCCAAAUCUUGCCGAUGUCCAUGGCAACACUGCUCUCCACUAUGCUGUCUAUAAUGAGGACAUACCAUUAGCAACAAAGCUGCUUUUGUAUGAUGCAAAUAUUGAAGCAAAAAACAAGGAUGACCUCACACCACUUCUACUUGCAGUAAAUGGAAAAAAGCAGCAAAUGGUGGAAUUUUUAAUAAAGAAAAAAGCAAACGUAAAUGCAGUGGAUAAGUUGGAAAGCAGUCACCAACUAAUUUCAGAAUAUAAAGAAGAAAGAAUACCUAAAAAUUCUUCUCAAAAUAGUAAUUCAGUGGAUGACAGCUCUGAAGACUCCUUAAGCAGGCUUUCUGGCAAACCAGGUGUUGAUGAUUCAUGGCCUACCUCAGAUGAUGAAGACCUCAAUUUUGAUACCAAGAAUGUCCCAAAACCAAGCUUAGCAAAGCUAAUGACUGCUUCUCAGCAAUCCAGGAAAAAUCUGGAAGCAACAUAUGGCAUUGUGAGAACAGGAAGUAGAACUUUGUUUGAGGAUAGAGAUUCUGAUAGUCAAGAUGAAGUUGUGUGUGAAAGCCUUCCUACAACAUCAGUCAAAGUCCAGGGCUUUUCUCAUCCUACCUGUCAAUCACCUGACCCUCUUCCAAAACCUUCCCACAAGUCGUUAGCAAACCCUGGUCUUAUAAAGGAAGGACCAAAAAAGCCAGCCAUUGGAAAAAAAGAAAAUGGUAUUGAUAUUAUUGAAAGUGCUCCACUAGAGCAAACAAAUAAUGACAAUUUGACUUAUGUUGAUGAAGUGCACAAAAAUAAUAGAAGUGAUAUGAUGUCCGCAUUAGGAUUAGGACAAGAGGAAGAUAUAGAAUCACCUUGGGAUUCUGAGAGUAUCUCUGAGAAUUUUCCACAGAAGUAUGUUGAUCCUUUAGCUGGGGCUGCAGAUCGAAAAGAAAAAAAUAUGGGAAAUGAACAAGCAGAAGAGUCUCCUGAGAGAUAUCUUCACUUGAAGCCUACCAUUGAAAUGAAAGAUUCUGUUCCAAAUAAAGCAGGAGGAACGAAGGAUGUACAAACAUCCAAAGCAGCUGAACAUGACUUAGAAGUGGCAUCAGAAGAAGAGCAAGAAAGGAAAGAAAGUGAAAAUAACCAGCCACAGGAUAAAGUUAUUUUAAAAACAUGCACCCUGACAGAAAAGACAUCUGAAAAACAAAACAAGCAAAUUAAUCUUUCACUUUCACGUCUGCAAAAAAUGUCUCAAGAACCAGAACUGAAUAAGGAGUGUGAUAGAGAGGAUGUGUCUGUAUAUUCAGGACUUCCUGGUGUGCAAAAUGGUGAAGAAAUGUCAACCAAACAAGGCAAAUUAGAGUGGAAAAAUAACUUAAAACUCAUCACAAAUGAGUUAAAACAGAGCUGUGGUGAAACUUGUGAAAAAUACAAAAUUACUGCUUAUCCUGGGGAAGAGCCACUACAUGAUAACUCUAAAGGAGGCGCAAACUUAAAGGAAGUACCCUCUUCUUUGACAAAUAAUAUACUUGAUUGUGAUGAAAAAGAUUCUCCUGUCUCUGUACUAUACCAGGCAUUGCCUGAACAAAAAGAACCCAGUCUUGAAGAUGGCUUUUCAUCUCCUUCAUACUCUGUGUCCCCAGACUAUGUCUGCCAGUCAUAUUCUAAGACUUAUUUAAAUGAAAAUAAAUUAGGCCAUGGAAAUGUUAACAAACCAGACACUGAACAUGUUUUUAACACAGAUGAGAAUUUUUAUAAUGAUAGAGAAAAUAAAAAAGUAAGGAACCCAGAAGUAGUUACAGGUGAAAUGAAAGAAGAAUUUGAUAUGCAAAUGACAAAAAAUAUGAACCAAAGUACCACUAAUUGGAAAUUAGACAUCAGACAUGUGCCUCAGUCUAGUGAUCCAAAAAGACCUUUUGAUUUGAUCUGCUCCAAAGAAAUGAAGCAUAUGAUUCAAAUAAAAAGGCACAGGAUUUCUGCUGGUACAGACGCUUAUAAGAAAACAAAACCAAUACAGAACUUGUUCCAGAAGCCAUUAUAUGAUCAUUGCAGUGCUCAUAACUAUAAAAGCAUGGAACCUGAAUUAGAAAAUGUGAGGUCUUCUCUACCACAUAGUGAGAGAACAUCACAAGUAUCUCUAAAAGAAGAAUUACAGCAAGAUAUGCAAAGGUUUAAAAAUGAUAUAGGCAUGUUAAAAGUAGAGUUCCAGACUUUGGAGAAAGAAAAAGUCCAACUUCAGAAAGAGGUUGAAGAAGAAAGGAAGAAACACAGAAAUAGUGAAAUGGAAGUAUCAGCAAACAUACAUGAUGGUGCUACUGAUGAUGAUGAAGAUGAUGGAUUAAUUCAAGAAAGAAGGAGUGGAGAAACUGAUCAUCAGCAAUUUCCCAGGAAGGAAAAUAAAGAGUAUGCUGGUAGUGGUCCUGCCUUGCAAAUGAAGGAAGUAAAGAGAACCUCGAAAGAAUCUGUGAAUUCACCAGUGUUUGAGAAAGCCAGUUUACUAACUGGUGGCCUGCUACAAGUGGAUGAUGACAGCAGUUUAAGUGAAAUAGAUGAGGAUGAAGAAAGGCCUAGUAAGAAAACAUCUAAUGAAAAGAACAAGGUCAAAAACCAAAUACAGUCUGUGGAUGAUGUUGAUGACUUAACUCAGUCAUCUGAAACAGCCUCAGAGGAUUGUGAGCUGCCUCACUGUAGUUACAAGAAUUUUAUGUUGCUCAUUGAACAACUUGGAAUGGAGUAUAAAGAUUCUGUUAGCCUAUUGAAAAUCCAGGAUGCAGCUCUUUCGUGUGAAAGAUUACUAGAACUUAAAAAAAAUCACUGUGAACUACUUACAGUAAAAAUUAAAAAAAUGGAAGAUAAGGUUAAUGUACUACAAAAGGAGCUAUCUGAAACAAAAGAAAUAAAAUCACAGUUAGAGCAUCAAAAAGUUGAAUGGGAACGAGAACUGUGCUCUUUGAGAUUUAGCUUAAACCAAGAAGAAGAGAAGAGAAGAAAUGCUGAUAUGUUGUAUGAAAAAAUUAGGGAACAGUUAAGAAGGAAAGAAGAGCAAUAUAGGAAAGAAGUUGAAGUGAAACAACAGCUUGAACUGAGUCUCCAAACACUGGAGAUGGAAUUGAGGACUGUAAAAAGUAAUUUGAAUCAGGUCGUACAAGAGCGAAAUGACACUCAGAGGCAACUUUCUCGAGAACAGAAUGCCAGAAUGUUACAAGAUGGAAUUCUGACCAAUCACCUUUCCAAACAAAAGGAGAUUGAAAUGACUCAAAGGAAAAUGAAUUCUGAGAAUUCUCAUAGUCAUGAAGAAGAAAAAGACCUAUUGCAUAAAAAUAGCAUGUUGCAGGAAGAAAUUGCUAUGCUAAGGCUAGAAAUAGACACAAUAAAAAAUCAAAACCAGGAAAAAGAAAAGAAAUGUUUUGAGGACCUUGAAAUUGUAAAAGAAAAGAAUGAAGACCUUCAGAAGACUAUAAAGCAGAAUGAGGAAACAUUAACACAAACAAUAUCCCAGUAUAAUGGACGGCUUAGUGUUCUGACAGCUGAGAAUGCAAUGCUAAAUUCUAAACUGGAGAAUGAAAAGCAAAGCAAGGAACGACUGGAAGCAGAAGUUGAAUCAUACCGUUCUAGAUUGGCUGCUGCUAUACAUGAUCGUGAUCAAAGUGAGACAUCAAAAAGAGACCUAGAAAUUGCUUUCCAGAGAGCAAGAGAUGAGUGGUCUCGUUUACAGGACAAAAUGAAUUUUGAUGCGUCUAACCUAAAAGAUAACAAUGAGAUUCUUUCUCAACAACUAUUUAAAACUGAAAGUAAACUCAAUAGCCUAGAAAUUGAGCUCCAUCACACAAGAGAUGCCCUCAGAGAAAAGACUUUGGGUUUAGAACGGGUACAAAAGGACCUAAGCCAAACCCAGUGUCGAAUGAAGGAAAUGGAACAAAAGUAUCAAAAUGAACAAGUUAAAGUGAAUAAAUACAUUGGAAAGCAGGAGUCUGUAGAGGAGAGAUUGUCUCAACUACAAAGUGAGAAUAUGCUGCUUCGACAACAACUGGAUGAUGCCCACAACAAGGCUGAUAAUAAAGAGAAGACAGUGAUUAAUAUUCAAGACCAGUUUCAUGCUAUUGUGCAGAAACUUCAAGCUGAGAGCGAAAAGCAAAGUCUUCUGCUAGAAGAAAGAAAUAAGGAGUUAAUCAGUGAAUGUAAUCACUUAAAAGAAAGGCAGUAUCAAUAUGAAAAUGAAAAGGCAGAAAGAGAAGUUGUUGUGAGACAACUUCAACAAGAACUGGCUGAUACCCUAAAAAAACAAUCUAUGUCAGAGGCUUCACUGGAGGUUACAUCACGUUAUCGUAUUAAUUUAGAAGAUGAGACACAGGAUUUAAAGAAGAAAUUAGGUCAAAUCAGAAACCAAUUGCAGGAAGCACAGGAUCAACAUACAGAAGCUGUCAGAUGUGCUGAGAAGAUGCAAGAUCACAAGCAAAAGCUUGAAAAAGAUAAUGCCAAGUUAAAAGUUACAAUCAAAAAGCAAAUGGAGAAAAUUGAGGAGCUUCAGAAAAACCUGUUAAAUGCAAAUUUGUCUGAAGAUGAAAAGGAACAAUUAAAGAAACUUACAGAAUUAAAACAGUCUCUGGAAUGUAAUUUGGAUCAAGAAAUGAAGAAAAAUGUUGAAUUAGAAAGAGAGAUAACUGGAUUUAAGAACCUCUUAAAAAUGACAAGAAAGAAGUUAAAUGAAUAUGAAAAUGGAGAAUUUAGUUUUCAUGGAGAUUUAAAAUCUAGUCAAUUUGAAAUGGAUAUUCAGAUUAAUAAGCUAAAACAUAAGAUUGAUGAUCUUACAGCAGAACUGGAGACUGCAGGUUCAAAAUGUCUACAUCUGGAUACAAAGAAUCAAGUUCUUCAACAGGAGUUGUUAUCUAUGAAAACAAUACAAAAGAAAUGUGAAAAACUGCAGAAGAAUAAAAAGAAGUUGGAACAAGAAGUGAUCAACCUGAGAAGUCAUAUAGAAAGGAAUAUGGUAGAACUUGGUCAAGUCAAACAGUAUAAACAGGAGAUUGAAGAAAGAGCAAGACAGGAAAUAGUAGAAAAAUUAAAAGAAGUCAAUCUAUUUUUACAGGCACAAGCAGCAUCUCAAGAAAACUUAGAGCAGUUAAGAGAGAAUAAUUUUGCUUCAAUGAAAAGUCAGAUGGAACUCAGAAUUAAAGAUCUGGAAUCUGAACUCUCCAAAAUAAAAACUUCUCAAGAAGACUUUAAUAAAACCGAACUGGAAAAAUAUAAGCAACUCUAUCUAGAAGAAUUAAAAGUUAGAAAGUCCUUGUCAAAUAAACUAAACAAAACUAAUGAGAGGCUAGCAGAGGUCAGCACCAAACUUCUUGUGGAAAAACAGCAGAGCAGAUCUUUGUUCACCACUCUCACUACCAGGCCAGUCAUGGAGCCACCUUGUGUUGGAAAUCUUAAUAAUAGUUUAUAUCACAACAGAAAACUUAUUCCAAGAGAAAACUCAGUGAUCUCUUCCUCAAAACCACGGACUUCAAAUAAUAGCGUGGAGAACUACUUGAGCAAGAUGCAGCAGGAGUUAGAAAAAAACAUAACUAGAGAGCUCAAAGAAGCUGCUGCUGAAUUGGAAUCUGGAUCAAUAGCUUCUCCUCUAGGAUCUACUGAUGAGUCAAAUCCAAAUCAAGAUCUGGUUUUGAAAGCAUCAAGAGAAUAUGUACAGAUUUUAAAGAAAAAUUAUAUGAUCUGAAAGAUAAAAUUUUAUUACUGGGCUGUUUAUGUUACAUUUUAAUUGUUUCUCAUUAAUAUUAAUAUAUGACAUGUAAAAAUCUCUAUUAAAGGAAAAUAUUUUUGUAUCAUAUGUGUCAGAUCAAAAUUUGUAUAGUAUUUUAAACAAUGUUACUUGGCUUCUUUAAGUGGAUUUUGCCAGUGAAAACCAGGAAUAUUGAGUUUUACAUGCUCAAAGUGCCCAAAGUCAGCUGUUUAAACAGCCAAACCACGAAGUUGUCAUUAAUACUUUAGUGCAGUUAAUUGAUGGCUUAUUUGUAUUUUGUAAUUUUUAUCACUAUAUGUAGUGGUAGAGUUGAACUUAGACAUCAUUUUGUUGUGCAGGAACUAUGGUCAUUGUUCAUGUUUGGAUGUAUUACAGUUGUUACAGUGCCAUCAAAUGUACAUAAUUUUAAGCACUGAUUUAUAUAGCUCUUCUCGGGGAGAAAUAAGAUUUGCCUAAUUCACCUUUUCUGUUUGUUUAUUUAUUUCUAAUUAACCUUUUUGGAAACAGUCUUCAAUUUAGAGAAAAUUUCCAAAGUUUAAUGCAGACUUUCCCCUCCGAACCAUUUGAGAGUAAGUUGCUGACAUUAUGCCAUCACCCCUGAUUACUUUAGUGGGCAUUCCUACAAGUCAGGACAUUCUAUGUAACUACAGUGCAAACAUGGCAAUCAGAAAGUCAACAUUAAUACAUUCUAGUUUACUUCUCUGUAAUGUCCUUUAUAGCAAAAGGAUCCCAUUCCAAUCCACGGCUUGUAUUUAGUUGUUGUAUCUCUUAGAUUCUUUCAGUCUGGAACAGUUCCUCAGUCUUUCCUUGACCUUCAUGACCCUGAGUAUUUUGAAGAGUAAAGUCCAGUAAUAUAGAAUGUCCUUCAGUUGGGUUUCAUGGUGAUUAGGUUUAGAUUACAUGAUUUUUUGGCAGGAGUAUCACAGAAGUGACCCAGUGAUCUUCUCAUUGCAUCUUACCUGUGACCCUCCAGUUUUGACUUGCCCUGUUACUGGCAGUGUUAGCAUUGAUCACUAACAGUGGUAUCUGCUGAAUUUCUCCUCUGUAAUGUCAUUUUUUCACCUUGUGGUUAAUUAGUAUUUUAUGGGGAGGUAAUUUGAGACUAUGUACAUAUCUCUGUUCCUCAUUGAACCCUCAAUUCAUUUACUUCUAUCAAUAUGGGUUCAUGGUUUAUUUUAUUCAAUGGGUUAUCAUUCAUUUAAGUCAUUAUUAAAAUUUGUUUUUCUUUUAAGAAAUACUCUAUUUUGACAAUUUCAGACUUACAGAAAAAUUAUAAGAGGUAGUACAAAUAAUUUUUGGAUAUUAUUCCCCAAAUGUUAACAUUUUACUACAUUUACUUUAUCCUUUCUUCCCCUUCUCCUCCUCUGUUUCUAGAUAAAUAUGAAUAUAGGUGUUUAUUACAGAUAUUUUUUCUGAACUGUUUGCAGGUUGCAGACA